AUGGCGUCCAUCUCAGUUCCAACGACGGCCCAGCUCUCGGGAUCGCUGCGGCUGCCCCCGACUCAUGGGGUAACUAAAAAGCUCAUCUCCCGCCUCUCGCGCAGGUCCCUUGCAGAGCUCGCCCUCUCAUGGCUGGCCCAGGCGUCCGACGCUCCGUGUGCUCCGUACCUCAGCCAACAGGACCACGAUGACAGCAUGUACGAGGCGUCGCAGUCCCUCGAGGCCCUGCGCGACAUCUACAGCAGCAUGCUCGAGUCCGGCAACAAGGGCAGCAAGCAGGAGGUCGUGGACCGUAUCCUCGAGGGCGACUGGCGGAUGGGCCUGACGUUGCACCAGCUCGCCAUGGCGGAUAUGCAGCACCUGCACGACCGCCCCAAUUCGCUGCGCUGGACUGCGUUUCGGACCGUCGCGCUCAAGAUCAAGGACGCGCACAAUGAUGGCGGCGACGAUAUGGACCUCGCCACCGAGGUGGACAAGGAGAGCCUGGUAGUCCCGAGGUUCCACCCGACCACGUUCCUGAGAAAUCUCCAAGCCCAGUUGCCACCCGACGUCAAGACGCACUGCGCGUUCGAGCGCCACAAGGAGCUUCCCAUCCUCCUCUUGAGGAUAUUCAUCUUUGAUUCGCCCUACGGCACGAGCCUGGUCGCCAGCGACUCGGUUCCGCCAAAUUUUGACGCCUCCAGGACCGUCUACCUUGCUUUUCCGGACGCUUCCCCGUACGUCUACAUCAGCAACGCCGCGACGGUUGUGGGCAGCGUCUCCAACAGCGACGCAAAGAGCCUGCGGGCCAUGGUCGUCGAGAGCGUCCCCAAUGCGCUGUCGAGGCCGGGGGAACGGUACACGCUCAAGUCGACCAGCCUGGCGACCAAGAACCUGUCGGAACUGGUUGAAAGGAGAGGUGGUGGCCGUGCCAACGCCGCGGGUGGCGGCUGGGCAUUGUACGCCGACACACGGAGGAAGGAGAGCCCUUUGGACGUCAACUUGCCGACCCCGCCGCUUUCGGAUGAGGAUGCGGAGGGCGGCGAGACGAAGAGAAAGGCCGGAUGGGAAUCUGAGGAGCAAAAAGUACAGAAGAGGCAGAGAUUGGUCGCGCUGGCGAGGUUUGGAGUCUCUGCCAAGAUUGACGACGGCUUGGGGGUCGAGAGAGUGGAUGUCGUGAUUGAGGACCCUUUCCCAUCUGCAGCAGGUGGCGGCUCUGAUGUGUGGCCUUUGCAAGCAGGCAAUGGUAAAUCCGAUCGCCGGCGGAGCACGCUUGAUGCGGCACUCCAGCGGGAGGCGGAACUGCGCGAUGAAGAGGAAGAUUCAUCGGCCGACGCGGGUUCAAAAUGGUGCCCAAGAAUCAAAUUGACCUUCCACGGAUCACACGUGUUCGCAGGCAUAAGGCAACUGGUGGAGGUGGGCGCCAUCGAUGGGGAACGGAUGCCUGGGUGGAUGACGGGCGAGGAAGGUGUCACGAUUGGGGCUGUAAAACACGGUCGAAUAAGAGGGCAUAAGGGGUCAGGUGUAUGA